CGUUGUUUGGUAGCCUUGGUUCUUGUUCAGUGUUAUUCUUAAACACCUCUUCCCAUUUCCUUCUCUCAGUCUCAGCAGUUUUGAGAAACCAUGGCCUUCUGUAGUACCUUCGUGAAGCCCAACCAUUCGGCCCUUUCCCCAAGCCACAUACACAAAGCUCCAACUCCAAACCAUGGUUGCAGAACACAGUUUUGUGUAAGAGCUUCAGCAACUGGUGCAGGUGAUGGGGAAAGGACUAUUAUGAAGAAACAAAAAGAUGGGUGGGAGAUCAAUUUCUCUAGUGAGAAACCACUAACACCCUUGUUGGAUACAGUUAAUUACCCUGUUCACAUGAAGAACUUGUCCACACAGGAUCUUGAACAACUGGCAGCAGAGCUGAGAGUAGACAUUGUACACUCUGUUUCAAAUACUGGUGGGCAUCUUAGCUCAAGCUUGGGGGUGGUGGAGUUAGCAGUGGCUCUGCAUCAUGUUUUCAAUACCCCUGAAGACAAGAUCAUAUGGGAUGUUGGCCAUCAAGCAUACCCUCACAAGAUUCUCACAGGUAGAAGGUCCCGCAUGCACACAAUUAGGAAGACAUCAGGGCUAGCAGGCUUUCCGAAAAGGGAUGAGAGCAUUCAUGAUGCUUUUGGGGCAGGACACAGUUCUACAAGCAUAUCAGCUGGUCUUGGCAUGGCAGUUGCAAGGGAUCUAUUGGGAAAUAAAAACAGUGUAAUUUCAGUGAUUGGAGAUGGAGCAAUGACUGCAGGGCAGGCUUAUGAGGCCAUGAACAAUGCAGGAUUCCUUGAUACUAACUUGAUAGUUGUACUUAAUGAUAACAAGCAAGUCUCUUUGCCAACUGCAACACUUGAUGGCCCUGCAACUCCAGUUGGAGCCAUCAGUAGUACUUUAAGCAAACUUCAAGCAAGCACUCAAUUCCGCAAACUCAGAGAAGCUGCAAAAAGCAUCACAAAACAAAUAGGAGGACAAACACACCAAGUUGCUGCAAAAGUAGAUGAGUAUGCAAGAGGUAUGAUUAGUGCUUCUGGUUCUACAUUUUUUGAGGAGCUCGGGUUAUACUACAUCGGCCCUGUGGAUGGUCAUAAUGUUGAAGAUUUAGUCACCAUUUUUGAGAAAGUGAAAGCAACGCCUGCCCCAGGUCCAGUUUUGAUUCAUAUUGUGACAGAAAAAGGGAAGGGAUACCCCCCAGCUGAAGGAGCAGAUGAUAAAAUGCAUGGUGUUGUGAAGUUUGAUCCAAAAACGGGUCGCCAGUUUAAGCCAAAACCCUCCACACUUUCAUACACCCAGUACUUUGCUGAAUCUUUGAUAAAGGAAGCUGAAAUCGACAACAAGAUAGUAGCUAUUCACGCAGCAAUGGGUGGAGGAACUGGCCUCAAUUAUUUCCAGAAAAGGUUUCCAGACCGCUGUUUCGAUGUCGGGAUAGCUGAACAACAUGCUGUUACCUUUGCAGCUGGAUUAGCUACUGAAGGCCUCAAGCCAUUUUGUGCGAUUUAUUCAUCAUUCCUGCAACGUGGUUAUGAUCAGGUUGUCCACGAUGUUGAUCUUCAGAAAUUACCUGUCCGAUUCGCUCUGGAUAGAGCUGGUUUGGUUGGUGCAGAUGGACCUACUCAUUGUGGAGCAUUUGACAUCACUUUCAUGGCUUGCUUGCCCAACAUGGUUGUCAUGGCUCCAUCUGAUGAAGCUGAAUUGAUGCAUAUGGUUGCAACUGCAGCAGCAAUAGAUGAUAGACCAAGCUGCUUUAGAUUCCCAAGGGGUAAUGGAAUCGGAGCCACUCUUCCCCUUAAUAACAAAGGAACCCCUCUAGAGAUAGGAAAAGGCAGAAUUCUGAUAGAAGGCAGCAACGUAGCUCUUCUAGGAUACGGUUCAGUAGUUCAAAAUUGCCAUCAUGCUGCAAAAAUGCUUAGCGCAAUAGGAAUUGAUGUUACCGUUGCUGAUGCUAGGUUCUGCAAACCUUUGGAUACUGAUCUCAUUAAGCUACUAGCUAAAGAGCAUGAAAUACUAAUCACAGUGGAGGAAGGUUCUAUUGGAGGCUUUGGAUCGCAUGUUUCACAAUACUUAAGCUUAGCUGGGAUCUUGGAUGGUCCUCUGAAGUGGAGAGCGAUGAUGCUUCCUGAUAGGUACAUUGACCAUGGAUCACCCCAAGAUCAGACUGAAGAAGCAGGUCUAUCAUCAAAGCAAAUUGCCGCCACGGUCUUGUCUCUUAUGGAAAGACCAAAAGAAGCUAUUCUAUUCAAAUAAGAGAACUAUUGGGGACUUACAGAUACAUGCAUUCUAUCCUUAUAAGACACCAGUUAGCAUUGUGCUUCAGAAGCUGUUGUAAAUAACUGCUUUAUCAUUGUUGGAUUAUUUUGGAGUGUAUAGUGCAAGAAUGUUAACUCUUUAGUGAAUCAAGAGAUUAAUUCAUUCUUGCAACAUUGCCGAGAGGAUCCAAUCAAAGACAUUAUAUUAAUAUUGUGUAUGUAGGUUAGUUCAUGAAUCAUGAUUGUCCUUCAAGCAAAAAUAGAGUAUCCCAUUCUCUGGUGA